ACAUAACUGGGCGGUUGCAGUCUGGGGCGCAGUCUGGGGCAGCAGACACCCAGCCACUCAGAGCUGAACUGGCAGCAUGAAGGCUCUCCUGGCCCUACCGCUGCUGCUGCUGCUCUCCUCAGCCCCCUGCGCCCCCCAGGUCUCCGGGAUCCGGGGAGAUGCUCUGGAGAGGUCCUGCUUUCAGCAGCCCCUGGACUGCGACGACAUCUACGCCCAGGGCUACCAGGUGGACGGCGUGUACCUCAUCUACCCCUCGGGCCCCAGCGUGCCUGUGCCCGUCUUCUGCGACAUGACCAGAGGGGGCAAGUGGACGAUUUUCCAGAAGAGAUUCAACGGCUCAGUGAGCUUCUUCCGGGGCUGGAACGACUACAAGCUGGGCUUCGGGCGCGCGGAUGGGGAGUACUGGCUGGGGCUGCAGAACCUGCACCUCCUGACGCUGAAGCAGAAGUACGAGCUGCGGGUGGACCUGGAGGACUUUGAGAACAACACAGCCUUCGCCAAGUACGCUGAGUUCUCCAUCUCGCCCAACGCGGUCAGCGCCGAGGAGGACGGCUACACCCUCUAUGUGGGGGGCUUCGAGGAUGGCGGGGCAGGCGACUCCCUGUCCUACCACAGCAGCCAGAAGUUCUCCACCUUCGACCGGGACCAGGACCUCUUCGUGCAGAACUGUGCGGCCCUCUCCUCCGGAGCCUUCUGGUUCAGAAGCUGCCACUUCGCCAACCUCAACGGCUUCUACCUGGGUGGCUCCCACCUCUCCUAUGCCAACGGCAUCAACUGGGCGCAGUGGAAGGGCUUCUACUACUCCCUCAAGCGCACCGAGAUGAAGAUCCGCCGGGCCUGAGGGGCUGCCCCGCCCUGGCCCCCAAGGCCGCUCUGCUGCUCCCUCCGCUCUGGCCUCUCGCGGGGCCCGUCACACUCAUUGCGUCCACCUCUCGGCCAGGCCUCUGCUCCCCGCCCCCCGAGGCUCCUCCGAAAGACACAGCUGUCCGGCCAGGACCUGGACCCUGUCCCUGAGGGGCUCUCCCAGGCUGCAGGCUUCUGGGCUCCACCUCAGCCGGCUUCCUGAUUGGCCUCCUCCAUCUGGGGCCACCAGAGCCAGUGAGACUGGCUGGCGCAGUCCGAUCUAUGCUCACAGCACACACCGGGCCACUUGCAUGUGGCCACUGCUGCCAUCCCCAGCAGUCCCUCUGACCAGUAGAGCAUCUCUCAUCCUCUGCCUCUCCCAACAGCUUUACCCCAGUGCUGAGCACCGUGGACCCCAGCCCCGUCUCACUGUGGCCCUUAGCCUCCCGCCUUCCCCUCCCGGAUGCCCCAGGCCCGAUACUGAAACCAUACUCCCCUCCAGCUACGCAGGCCACCCCAGAACAGCCACAGCCCGAGGAAGGCACAGUUGUGAGGUCCCCCCACCUGCCCCGGGGGUGAGCUGAUGGUGGGAGAGGGCAGAGGAUGCCCUCUGUGGGGAUGGAGGCAGGUGGGGAGCACAGGUCUCAAUAAACCUCAGGACCUGAAGGAA